ACCAAUAUUUCAGAGACCAUCUCCGACAGGAAGUUCCAGAGAUCAGGUGUUUGUGUUUGCAGUCCAGUAGGAAAAUACACAAAUUGUAAGCGGCUAUUGAGGAACAGUGGCGCGUUUUCUUCUGGGAAACAACUUGUCUCAUUUUACUGAUAUUUGUUGAUUGCUUGGAUACAGAACCACAGAUACAAUGCCCAUCUUUACGAAAAGAAAGGAGAAAAUUACCGAGAAAUACGAGCUUAAGCACGUCCUUGGAACGGGCGCAUUUAGUGAAGUUGUAUUAGCUGUCGAUAAAAGUAAUGGUGAUACAGUGGCAGUCAAGUGCAUUGAAAAGAAAGGAAUCAAAGGAAAAGAGGAUGCCUUACUAAGUGAAGUUGAAAUAUUAAGAAAAGUUACACAUCCCAAUGUUGUACACCUGCAGGAAAUCUUUGAAAGCAAAAACCAUGUUUACUUGGUCAUGCAGCUAGUGACUGGAGGAGAGCUUUUCGAUCGUAUUAUCGAAAGAGGAAGUUACACAGAAAAAGAUGCCAGUUUUGCAAUCCGUCAAAUUCUCGAGGGAAUCAAGUUUGUUCACGAUCUUGGGAUUGUGCACCGAGACCUGAAGCCUGAAAAUUUGUUAUACUACUCAGCCGACGAAGAUGCAAAAAUUAUGAUCAGUGAUUUCGGCUUAUCAAAGAUGGAAGAAUCUGGGGACAUGUCAACAGCAUGCGGUACACCAGGCUACGUAGCGCCAGAGGUAUUGAGGCAAAAGCCUUAUGGGAAGGCGAUAGACGUCUGGUCAAUAGGUGUAAUAUCCUAUAUUUUACUAUGUGGGUACCCACCAUUUUACGAUGAAGAUGACAGUCAAUUGUUUAAUCAGAUUAUGAAAGGAGAAUACGAAUUUGAUUCACCAUACUGGGAUGAUAUCUCUGAGUCUGCCAAAGAUUUCAUUAGACACCUUAUGGAAAUUGACCCAAACAAGCGUUAUACGUGUGACGAAUGUAUAAAUCAUCCAUGGAUUUCUGGUAACACUGCUCUUGAUAAGGACAUUCAUUCUACUGUCAGUGCACAGAUGAGGAAAAAUUUUGCUAGGAAAAAGUGGAAGCAAGCAUUCAAUGCCACAUCAGUUAUCAGACACAUGAGAAUGUUAGGCCUAGGAGGAGCAUCGGGCCUAGCUGCGAAAAAAGCUGCUGCUGCCGCCAGCAAUGGUGAAAAGAAGUAAAGAUCUGUUGUGGUUGAUUGCCGUGUUAAUAUUGCCAAGUACUAGAUAUUUGGACGAUCAAUGAUGAGAACCAAACCUGUAGGGCUAAUCGACCAAGGGGAAGUCGUACCUGCUCUCAACCCAUUGGCUGUACUAUGUACUAAGUUUGCUGCUUCGAACUAGGCCUACGGUAACACAAAAUUAUCAUAUCAGCCUGGCGAUUGGGACUCUGAAUUGAACUUUUUUACGACUAUAUCAUUCGUCAAAAAACAAGCAUCAUCUUAUUAUCUUCAAUAAUUCCCUUCUUUUUUCCUGUACUAUAAUUUUAUGAACUUAAAUUCCUAAUUUAGCUUAAUCAUAAUAAUUAUUUUUGAUUGCAUUUAAUCUGUCAUAUAGUGAUUAUUUUGUAUAAAUACUUUUAAAAUAAUUAACAAUUAAGUGUAGAAAUUCUAAUUAAAUUUCCUAAUGUAAGUUAUACAGUUUACCAAUACAUUGAAUGUAUACUUUAGGGUUGUCUGCUGUGCAAAUGAUGUAAAACACAAAAUGCCAAAUUUUAUUUGACAAAAAAAACUGUUAUAUGCCAAUAUACAGUCACGAUAUGCCUAUAUAUGGUUAUGAUGUGAUGUCAUCAUGACCAUAUUAGGUAAGGUUUUGUCAAAUGUAAUUUGAUAUUCUGGAAAUGGUUUAAAUAUAUAACUUGCUGAUAUGUGUAAAAUCUGAUAAAUCAGUUUUUUUUUUUAUUGUUAAUGAUUACCCACCUGGGUAGCUAACGAUAGCUAGUAAUAAAAUCAAUUUUAAUAAAUUAAUGGACACUUUAAAGUGUAAAGCUAUUUAAAAGCUAGAAUGCAAAAAAUUUUGUAUUUUAUAUAUUUUUAUCUUUUUUCCCCCCACUUAUGUAUGUAAUUUAAGAAUUUUUGCACAGUAAAGAACUUUUAAUGAAAUAGAGUUGGGGAAGUGCGCCCUCUUGGGUUAAACUAAAUAAUUCAUAUUCAACCUUGCUGCAGUUGCUACACGUCACAAAAUAACUUGCCUGUACUAGCACAUUGCUUUAUGUACCAUGUUUGAUUUGCUGAAGGUGUAAUAAAAAAUGAAAUAUUUAAAAUCAUUUUUCGUGAGUAAUUGAAAUGAAAAGUGGUUUUUACAUUUGUAAGAUUAAAAUUGUAAUUCUAAUUACAGUAAGUAUUAAAGUGAUGGUCUGAAAUGAUAUAAAAAAAAUUACCAAUGCAUAAAUAAUUUAUCAAUAUGUCAAUCAAAUAUAGUAUUUCUGGGUUUAUAUAUUUUCUGUGUGAUUCAGGUUAAUAUUUGUAGAUUUAGUGUUUUCUGAUUAUCACUUACAAGAGUCUUGGUUUGCUAGCAUUCAGGUAAAUUCAAAUGUGCGCUUACAUAAUUAUAUAUGUACACACUAUGUAAUAUUUUGUGAAAUUAUAAUUUUUGUAUUUUAAUUUUAUGCAUUUUUUUGGUAUAUUAAUGAUAUAUUUAGGGUAUCAUAAUGAUGAUGUUUAAUGUUAGUAUUAAGAUAAUAAUAUUAUUAAUAUUAUUAGUAAUAUUAAUAUUAUUAAUUGAAAUGUUGUUUGAAACGGAAUCAUCUUAAGAUCUUUCAGAUUAAGUUACCGAAAAAUUAAGUAAUUUUAUCAUUGAUAUUGCCAUACUUAUGGUUGUUAACCCAGGAUGGUUCUUAUGAAUAAGAAGCUGGAUGAGGGUGUUUAUCCUCAUCUGAUAUUGCGGCUGCGUGUGCAAAUAUUUUUUUAUUGUGUGAAAUUUCUAGAAAACAUUCCUGUGGACUUUAUGAUGUACCUCAUAUAGUUAUACUUGUUCAAACAAUAGGGAACGUUAGGUCAAACAUAUUAGUAUGAAACAUGUUUAGAGUUUAAUGGCAUAUCAAAGGGCAAACAUGGGAGGCUCAAGCUCGCCCAUUCUAUCCCUCCCCCUCUCCCCCUCCUCUUAGAAAUUUACAGAGCAAAAAUAUUUUAUCCAAGCAUUGGUGGCACAAAAAAAGGGAUUGAGGACAAUUGUUUUUCCCUCCCCAGAAAGGAAUUGACCCCUAUUAAAAUUAUUAAUUUGUGAUCCAACCAAAUUUAUGGUAAUUAUAUUUGCAAAAUCUCUACCCCUUGAGCCCACCAGGGGUUUUAGUUCCCAACCGUGACCCUAAACACUAGCCCUUUGGUUCGAACCAACUUGUUGGAUCCUUUGGCUAAUUUCUUGAGCUACCACUGCAUCCUAAUAGUUAAUGAUCACCUCAUUUCUUAUUCCCCUAAUUCCCCGCUCCCUGUUAAAACCCCCAGAUACAUCACUUAUUAUAGAGAUCAUAGAACACUGGGCAUAUGGCGAGUGUUUUGGCUAUAGAAACUGGACAAGGAUAGAGGUAAUAGACAGUGGAUAUGAAAGAAAUUGAGCAAGAGGACCCCAUGACUAUAGCUUUAACAAAUUUAUUUCAAUAAUAUGUAGGACCUGUUGAUUAUUAUAGAAAACCAUAUCAUAUUAAGUCGCAUUUGUAAACAGUAACCAUCAGCAUUUAUCUAUCCAACGUAGCAAUAGUAACAAUGAUUUUGUUGAUGUUCUAUCUUUAGCAACGGUAACAGUGUAUAUGUUUAUGAAGAUUUUUUUCAAAUGUCAAAUUGUACUAUUUGUUUACUAUUAUAACACAGAUAUAAAGAACCGGUUGUUGCUAAGAUACUAGCAUUUUAUAUUCAGUUUGUAGUAAUUUUGUAGAUAAGAAUUUGAGUAACAAACUGAGAUAAUUCUUUGCAAUAUGUUUAUUUAAUCCCUUGCGGUGAUUAACAAAGAGUGGACUGAUUUGGUAUAAUACAAUUAAAAGAGAACAUUUAUAAAGUAGCGAUGUAAUUAAUUAUGUCCUGUGUUUGGACAUAGUGUAAAUAGAUUUGUAAAAAAAUUACAUUUUUUCUGUUAUAUUUCUUUAUUUUGACAAUUUUUUGAGGUGACUGUAUGUAAUAUUGUUUAAUUAGGAUCCAAAAAGAGUUUUUGAUUGUUUUACACAAGAAGAUGCUGUAUUAUUGAUUUUUGUUUUGCUUUUGGAAGUUAGUGCAAUUUAAUAAAACACUAAGAGAUGAAAGAAUCACGAUAUAAAAAAUGAUGCCUUAAAUCGA